UAUUUUAUUAUUUUAUUUUACUGUCAAGUCACUACUGUAAGGAAAUUGUCGGAUUUCUUCAUCUCUUCUUUUCUUUUUGAACCUCAGUACAACUCGUAGAGUGCAUGAGAGAAGACUUUAAUGUUGUAUUGGAAGUUGUGUAGCCGAAUAAACACAUACACAACCGGACCCCAACCAUGUGUGUAUAUCGGGAAUUUUCGCGUUCGUACGGUUCGGAAAAAGAAAAUUUUCUGUUUCAGUUCAACUUGUAAUUUCAACUCGCUUACACGACGUUUCGUAAACGCUCCUCAUAUUAUAUCGUGCCUAUAUAUCUCUAUAUCUUUCGGGUGUGCUGAUUUUUCAUCAUCCAUAAUUUUUUUUUUAUUUCAUACAUUUUAAUUUUUUUUACCCGUUUGGUCUACUAGACAUCUAUAGGAUAAUAUUUUUUUUAUUAUUUGAAAAAAAAAAUUAAAGUUUAAUUUUUUGUGGAUGUUUUGAGACACUUUUGGAUUGAUUGGGAACUUAUGGAAAGUUCAGACUGGUCAAUCAGCGAGAAAAAAAAAUUGCAAAACUAUUUUAUCUCUAAUUAAAGAGUCUCUCUCACUUACUCAUAUACAACAAGAUGAACAUUAUGCGACAAUCAUUCAAUUAAAAAAGAGAGUGAGCACAUACAAGACACAAAAUAAAAUAAAAUAAAAAAAAAUUGACAAAUUACGGAAGAAAAAAAGAUUUUCCGAAAAAAGACAAGAGUCUCUCAAAGUGAAGAUCGAAAAUUGCUUUUUUGCCUUUCAAUCUAUCGCUCCUCUGAUGAUCGCGACGGUGUGAACGAUAUAUAGAGAAAGAGAGAUUGCAAAUAUAGAACAGUGAUUAGUUUUUCAUGCCAGAAGCUGUUGAAACAUAAAAAAAAAGAUUUGCGAAAAAUAAGAAGAUCAGUUUUUUUAAUUCAUGGUGAAGAUAUAUACGAAAAAAAAAAUCAGAGUGUGAAGAAACUUUAAAGGAAAAAUAAAAGAAAAAGAAAAGAAAAAUUGUGUGUAGUCCUCGGCACUGUUAACUCAUCUUUCUUUUCUUUUACAAAAUACAAAAAAAAAAUCACAAAAAAGAAAGAAAGAAAGAGAGAAUUAAAAAAAAGUAAAAAGAACUUGGUUUUGUGUUGUGUGUGAAAAUGAUAAAUACACAUCAAGGAAAAGAAAGAAAAAAGAAAAAUUAUUUUCGGUACAUACGGCAAUGAGUAAUCAACGGGAAUGAAGAAAAUAAUGUAAAUUUGAGAGAAUCCGCUUCACUAUUUACACCUCGACAAAAAAAAAGAAUCAUAAAGUGUAUUUUGUAUUGCAAAAGUCUCCAGAAAGGAACUUCUCGGCUCUUUUUCUCAAAAAACAAAUAAAAAAUUAAAAUAAAAAGUGUGGAAAAUUUAAACAUAAAUUGAGAAAGAUUGGUGAUGAAAAAUGAAUUCUGCGAAUAAAAAAAAAAGAAUUCAAAUGGACGAGAAAAUGAUGAAGAAAAAAUUGCUUAAAGAAGAAAGAGUGCAAAAAGUGAAUUGAGAAAAUAAUAAUAAAAAUAAAAAUAACAACAAUAAUAAUAAUAAUAAUAAUAAUAAUAAUAACAGCAAAGAGAUAAAAUUAAUUAACAAUUGCAAAUUUUUUGAGUUCAUUAACAUUAGUUAACCAUCCGAUACUGAAGUAAAAUUUUUCAAGUGUCAAGCUUAUAGCUACAUUAUAACCACAAAAGAAGUAUUUUGUAGAAAGAAAAAAAAAUAGUGAACUUUUUGGUGUGGAAAAGAACUUAAAUAAUAUAUAAAAGUGGAAAUUGAUUCUGCCAAUCUCAUUUGAAAUUCAAUUAAACAAUCUUAAUGUUUCAAUCAAACCAAAUCAUGGACACCAUUCAAAUGUACAAUACAAUAGAGUGGCCGCAUUUAAUUGAUUUAAGAGACAAUUGCAAUUGGUAUUAUCAACAAAAGGAUUUCAUCGUAGGGUGUACAUCAUAAGAGAACAUCUAUUCAGAAAAAAAUAAAUAAAAAAGUAUUUCAUAUUGCACAUUCUUACGCACAAAAUAAUAAACAAAUACACAAUACAAUAUACAUACAAUUUAAGAACGAGAGUAGAGGAAUUGAAAGUAAUAGUAAUAAUUCAUUGAAAGUUGUGAAGAUAAAAAGAAAACCUCAAGAAGAAUUUCUAGAAUAAAAUUUAUUGACUUCAAAUAAAAUAAAAUAAUACUAAAAGACUAAGAAAUAAACGAAGCAAGUAAAAGAAAUAAAAUAUAAAAGUUGAUCAUCGAAAGUAUUUAUUCAUCGUGCUGCCGAAAAACUACAAGUAACGGAUUUUUUGAAUGUCGCUCCUCUCAGAACGGGGGCGAUAAAUAAUAAAAAAGACGCAAUGAAUGCGCACACAUUGCGCAAAUGGAGUUCAAUCAAAAUUUUCAUGUAUCUGUUGCUAACAAUUUGUUCGUUAUUAGUUUUUUGGUGUCAAGGUGCAUCCGCUAUGCACCUAACACCGCUUGAUUUUGCAUCAUCUUCCUCAUCAUUACGAGAACAUCAUUCUACACUGCCAUUGGAGCAAAAACAUUCUAUAUCUUCAGUAAAGCCAUUCACGCAAAAUUACUUCUUUUCGCUUAUAAGAAAUGCAUCAUUAUUAAGUCAUAACACUCAAAAUCAUCAUUUUCAAAAAGAGGAAAAUAACAAUUUAAAGCUACAGAAACUAUGGCAAAUGCGAAUGAGAGAAAAGCGUGCAAGAAUUCAAGCGCAUCGGAAAGAGAAGUUACUACUUCAGAGGCUUCUCGAUCACCGUGCAAAUCCAAACGCACAAAGUUCAAAUCUUGAAAAACUUAAACUCGAUGUGCUUGACCAUAAUAUAUUGUCACAUCACAAUAACUAUAAGUUAAGAGAUCCAGCAGCAGCAGCAGUCACAGCACAAAAUUUAGAUAAUAAUAAAAAUGACACAAAUUCGCAGCAUCGGAGAGAAAAUUUGUACGAGAUGCUUAAUGAGAUUAGAGCGAAUAUAUCUGUGGCAAGUAAUAGAAAUCGACGAGAGUCAAGAUUUCAUCAUUCUCAGCAACAGCAACAGCAGUCAUCACAAAAUUCAAACCAUCAUCAUCACAACCACCACCAUCACCAGCAGCAGCAUCAAAUGCCAUCUACGCACAAUAUUAAUAAUAGUAAUAACAUUAAUAAUAAUUUUAUGCAUAAUAUAAACAAUAAUAAUAAUAAUAAUAAUUUAAAUAAUAAUAAUAAGCAAGGUGGAAAUCGUCGCAAUGGUCGAAAGCGAUAUUGUUCAGCACGAGAUCCACGUACAUUAGCUUUUGAAGCGCCAACAGUAUUUGAGGGUAAAAUUAAAUCAAUGACAUUAGAUCGACAGCAAAACUUUUCAGCAACUGUCGAAAUAAUCCAAGUGUAUAAGCAGCAGGCAAAUUUUAAGCUUCCAAAGCAAGUGCGUCUUCAAUUUGCAUAUAAAAAUGCCAGUGAAUGUGACAUUUAUCGUGAAGAGUUUCGACAUCGUGGUUUUGUGCGUGAUGAACUAGAACAGGGAAGGAUUUAUUUUUUCUUUGUCAAACAAAUAGGCUUAGGUAAUUUUACAAUAUUAGGACAACCAAUUAAGAAAAUCAAUCGUACUACUAAAGAUGUAGAGAUAGGUGUAAGCGAAAAAUAUGGUAAAGUUGCUUCAAUAGAAUCAAUAUCACCUAAUUUGACUGUUAAUGAGGAUAAGCGAAAAGCGAGAAUUAUUUGUAAAGUAAAUGGAGAGCCAUUUCCUAAAGUGACGUGGUUCUUUAACGGUCGGUCGAUUAAUAGGAAUAGAACAAAAUUUGAAUUCGUCCACUCGCGGCGAAGAUCUGAUCUCAUAAUUAAAAAUCUUUCUGCAGCUGAUAGUGGAAAAUAUGAAUGUAGAGCCAAAAAUAAAUUGACUAGAAAGCCAGUUUCCAAAUUUACAACAUUAAUUGUUAGACAUUCUUCAUCAACAACCAAUAGAACGGUGCCAAGUGAAGAAGGAGUGAAAGAAUGUCCGGCAGAUUUCUCAGAAGGCUACUGUUGGAACGGUGGCACAUGUUUAAUAAUUGAAACAUUAAAUGAGUAUUCAUGCAAAUGCGUUGACGGUUUCAGUGGAAAUAAGUGUGAAUAUAAAAACACAAACAUUACACCGAGUACGUACCACAAACAACCAGAAUGUGAAUCAUAUUUGGGGACAUUUUAUUGCUAAAGAAACUUAGGCUCAUUCUUUAUCGAUGACUUUUUGUUUUGUUAAUUAAUUAAACAGGAAAAUUAAUGCAGGCACAUGAGAAAAAAAUAUCGAUUUUAAAAUAAAUUUCUUGUUUCAUCGUUAAACCGUGCAAUAAUUAAAGGAUAAAUAUUAUAUUUUUUAUUAAAUCGUCAGUACAAAUGUAAAUUUAAUUUUAAUAGAUUUUAAAACAGAGCCGAUUUUGAAUCGGAAGAAUUGGAAAAUUUCUCAUUUGUUUGACUCGAUUUGUUUCAAAAUUUAGCAAAGGUUUUGAAGAGUUUCCCAGUGUUUAAGAGGCUUCUGGAUCAGUUCUGGAAAAUAUUGAAAAUUAUUGAGGAUUUGACACUUGAUUGUUACAUCAAAUGUAAUAAGAUUUGGUCUUGUUUCAAAUAAUUUUUGAGUUUGGCAAUUUCAAAAGAUGGCAAAUAUUUUAUAAAAUUGCCAUUUAUUUAAAGCAGUGAUUCUCAAACUUAAUUCCUGACAUCACUUGAUGUGAAGUUUGCUGUCAACUUUUAGAUUCAAUAUCCAAUUAAACCUCGAAUUUCGCUUAUAUGUCACUUGCAAGAAAGCUUGUUAGCCAAUACUUAAUUAAAUCAUUCAGAAAAGUUCUCAAACCUUCACAAAAAAAUAAAUCCCAUGAAAAACAAACAAGUAAGAUAAGAAUUCAUUAAAUGAAAAGAAAAUUACGUGAUUGAGUUACAUUUUCCAGAAGUUAUCUAAGAACUCUCAGAUAAUCUCAAAUUUUCUAAUUGAGUAUCUCUAAUUGAGUACCUCAUUACAAUGAGCUAGUUUAAUUGUCUUAAUUGAAUAUGCUUAGAACACGCUAGGGUCUUUCAAAAUAGGACUAGCAUGGGCUAGUGCCUAUCAUUUUUAUCACUUAAUUUGUAAUUUGCCUAAAGCUCAAGGACGUUGCCUGAAAUUUUUGAAUUCUGCAUUUUCUUAUGCUUAUUUCAAUCCUAAAUGGGUAUCUGACCUUCUCCUAUAGCCACAGCCAAACGUUAAACAUCAAGACUUAAUCUCUCAAAAACACCAAUUCCCACAGAACUUAAAAUUCAAAAGAAAAUUGCUGGAAAAUUCUUAAAAACUUAAAAAAAUUUAAAAAUUUUGCAUUAACAUUCCAAAAAAAAAAAUAUUUUUAUUUCAUUUGAAAAAUUUUUGUUUAUUUUUUUCUCUGAAUUUAUUCAAAUACAAAAUAAAAAUCGAAAAAAAACGAAAUCGGAUGACACAAAAAAAAAUAUAGAGGAGCCUAAAUUUCUAUAGCAUUUCAAUCACCCAAAUUUAUUACUCAUUAUUAAGAAUAAGCUCAUUGAAUUUAUUAUUUCUCCAUUUAUUUCUGCAUAAAAAUUAUCGAUUGUUUAAUUUACAAAAAAAGUAUAAGAGAAACACACAUACACGAAUUCUCGAUCAUUUUUUUAUUUUCAUUCAACGAAGAAAAGAAAAACUUCAAAAAAUAAAACUUUAAAUAAAGUUUAUCAUUAAACUGUAUAUUUAAAAGUAUAUAGAUAGAAAUCUUCUAUGAAGAUUGUUUUACUUACUAAUACACACUUCUUUCACACUCAUUUUAUUUUUUGUUAUUAGGUGGAAAAACUCAUUUCUCGGUCAUUCUGAAUGACCUUAAUACUUUUUUCAGCUUAGUAACAAGCUGUUUGAGUCAAAGGAGCUACGCUUUGUAAACUUAAAUUGAGAUUAAGCAGAACUUGAGAAUAUAGUAAGCGUAAUUGUAAUUACAAUGGCAGACGACCUCAUUAAGAGUUAUGUUUUCAUGCUGACAAUAAGCAGCAUUGCCUACAGACAGUAGCGGUUUGCUAUUUUUACAAUGAAGAUGAUUUUUAAGGGUUCUGUAAAGAUUUUUACUAAGUUUUGUAGAGUUUUUAAAAAUUAUUAAUUGUUUUUGGAGGUGGGAUUUCUUGGGUAUCCAAAAUCUCAAACUAUCUCAAGUGGAUUGUUUUGUACAUCCUUAGGAUUUCCUUUGAUUGUCUGGUAUGUAAGAAAGUCAUUCAGAAGUCUAGGAAUGACAUCCAAAUGCAAACCUAGUAAAGUUCAAUAUUCUAUAUGAAAGACGAGGUUGGGAACCAGAUGACUAGGUUGGCAACCAAAUGACUAGAUUAAUAACAAGAUAACUAGGUUUGCAAUAAAAUGAUUUAAGUUGCAACUAGAUGACUAGGUUUAUCAUCAACCUUUCCAAAAACCAAAACUGACCUGGAAUUAUACUUUGCAUCUGUCACUUAAAGCCGUUUCUACCAUAAAGCAGAAUUUUAUAAGCAAAGUUUAAGAAAAGUCUUUCAAAUGGCUAAGAAAUGAUAAGUUUUCCAUCAAAUAAAAUCAAAUUUCGCAUUCAUUAAAUUACAAAAUUCAAAAUUUCAGAUUAGUUUCAAUCGAUAGCAGAAAUUAAAAUAAUGAUAAACUUUAUUAGUUUUGAGCCGUACGAAAAAUCUUAAACACAUACAAAACAAAACAAAAAAACCAAUCGCAUAUCCUUUUUUUAAAUUUGUUAUUUUAAUAAUUAAUUCUCUUUAAUUAUUUUACUCUUUGGUAUAAGGUUUCAUUUCUUUUAUUUUCAUUUAUAGUUUAUUUCCAAAAACAUCCCUUGACACAUAAAAUGAUUACACAUAAAAUUGGUACAAAGUUAACUAUUGAACAAUCAUUUAUUGACACCAACUGAAUUUAUUGACAUUGACUAAUUCUUGACCAUUAAAAAAAUUAUAUUAAAUUAAUGCAUUUUUAUUGUAUACACAUGAUAAGGAAUUAUACAAUAUAUUUAAUAAAAUAACUUUAAUAAAGCUCAUUAGCAAUAACCAAGGUUUUUUAUGGAAAGUCUUUAUGAGAAAAAGAUGAGACAUAAUUAAUGGAACAGCAAAAAAAAAUGAUGAAAUUUUUUGUUAAAAAUGGAAAAAUUGAGCAAUUCGAAUUGUAAAUUUUAUAUAGUUUCCUCAAAACUGCAAGCAGGAUUGUUGUUUGGAUUUGAUUGAAGUCAAGUUCAAUUAGCUAUUACAUAGCUAAAGAGACAUCAGAAAAUCUGAAGGAAUGAUUGAAAAAUUUGCAAGAAUCCAGUUUGAAAGUUAAAUUAGCUAUUGAUGUGAAUCUUAAUUAUUUAAUUAAUUGCUCCAUAUUGGAACAAGUCAAAGCACUUAAGGGACGAUUUUUAGAUCACACGCUAUUUACUUAAGCCUCUAGUUUGAUUCCUUAUUGAUUCAAGAUAGCUAUUAUUGUCAAAGGAGCUGAACUGGCUGAAUUCAGCUGUUAAUCAGCUCAGUUUACUGAAUUCAACUGUUCAUCAGCUCAACUUGCUGAAUUCAGCUACUCAUCAGCUUAGUUUGCUGAAUGCAGCUGUUAAUCAGCUCAGUUUGUUGAAUUCAGCUGUUAAUCAUUUCAACUAGCUGAAUUCAAAGGUUAAUCCAAAAUUUUCAAAGGUACUUACUGAUCUGAGCUCAAAACAUAGCUGAAUAAGUUGAAUUCAGCAUUACCAAGUGUUUUUCGGCUAAUAAAUUGCAAUAACAACUAGCAGACACCCCCAUAGUCUGUGAAAAAUCAUCCCAAACUCACGAUAAGCGCCAUCACAAAUAAUAUUCACUGUCACAUUCACUUCCUACAACAAAAACCUAACCUCGAACAUCCAAACAACAACACUGAUUGCAAAAUGUCAAAAUAUUUUUGACAAUGUAUUAAAAACUAAUUAGUAUAUAUGUAUGUAAAAAAACAACAUUUUAGAUAACAGAUGAAAAAAAAAAUAUUUAAUGAUCUGCAUCUAAAGUUACUUGAUUCGAUGCGAAACUUUCUUUUAUUCGUUUUUCAUUUCAAUCUUCUAGAUGAGAUUUUGUAAAUAUAAUUUGCCAAAAUUUUUUUUUGUUUCAAAAAGAAAAGAAAGUAAUUUUAUUGCUUAAGUUUAAAGAAAAAAUGAUGAAAAUUUGAAAAAAUCUUAAAAUAUCAAAAAAAAAAAAAUAAGAGAGAAGAAACAACUCAAUAAGUGCUAAGUUCCUAAAAAUAUAUUGUCAAUAAAAAACGAGAAAAAGAAUAUAUAUAGAUGAUUUAUAUUUUGGCUGACUUGUAUGAUAUUUUGAUAUAGUUAUAAAGUAUGUGGGAAUUUAAUCAAAUAAACAAUUCAAUUGACUUGUUUUGAACAUUUUAAUCUCAUAUGUAAGCAUACUUUAGAAGAAGAAAUUUUCUUUAAAAAAAUAAUUAAAUGAAUUUAGUAAUGAAAGAUGAAAAUUCCGUAACUAAUAACAAAUUUUUAAUUAAUUCUUUUUUGCACUUAACAUUUUUUUUAUUCAUUUGUUAUUAAUGAAGAUUAAUUUUUUUGUUAAAUAUAUCUAUAUAUUUUCACAAAAAUAAUUUAAAGUAACACAAAACAUGAUGGAAAAGGACAUAUAAUGUGGAGAAAAGAUGUAACCCUGGAUGAGAAGUUUGGAGGAAUUAACCUGGGUUUAUUGUUUGAAUAAUUCAAGUCAAGUGAUCAGAAACGGGAAUCAUUUAAUGUUAAAAUUGUAGUUUUUGAUUUAUUUUACUUCAAAAUUAUUGAAUCGUUGUUUUAAAACAGCAACAGAAAAGAACCCAUUAUUUUUGAAUAUUAAGCUUUUCCCGCCCUUUUAUGAAUUUGUUUGAAGAUUUUCUUUAUAUUCGAAAAAUUUUGAGAAUGAAAUUUUGUAAUUUUAAAUCAUUUAAGCAGACAUUAAAUGUUGUUGAAAGCUUUGCUCACAUUUAUUUAACAGUUUGCAAGCGUUAAGGCAACGUAAAGUCAUGAUAUAAAGCCAAAUUUUAAGCAAAAAAUCUUCAAGUCUAAUAAAUAAAUUUCUAAAAUGGUUUUUUUUAUUUUGAAAAUCAAUGUUUUAAGCACUGAAAGUUAAAUUUAAGAUUUUUCUAACGAAAAGAGCUUUUUUGGUCAUUUUCAGAAUCUGGCUCUUUUACUUAAGUUGAUCCUUAGCCAAAUGAAUAAUCCAACUCAGUCUCAUCACAUUAGAAAUUUAUUUGGCAGAUGAAGAAGUUGAUGAUAUUCAAAUCUCACAAUAUAAAUUAUAAAUUAAAAACUAAUAGUUUCAAAACUCACCAAGUUUUCAUCAGUAGCCAAUAAUGAUCAUGAAUCAUGAGGAUGAAAUAAUUACAAAUCGAUAAGUUGAACUAUGAGAAUGAAAAUUCAUUUAUCCUCAUUAAAAUGAAUAAUUAUAGACCACGAAAUCACUUUGAUCACAAUCAAAUGAACCCCCUGCGAUCACUAUUGAACAAAUUGUUUAUCAAGGUUAAUAACUCCAUCUUCCCCCCAAACUUAACUCUUAUAAAUAAAAUUUUAAAAAAUUUGCUAACAGAGGAAAAUUUUCAAUUUUGAAAAUAUAAAGAAAAAGUCCAAACAGAUGUUUAAUUUGUUUAGAAAAUAUUUUAGAUUUUUAUAUAUGAGAAAAAAAAUUGCAAAUAUAAAAAUUUAAAAACACAUGAAAAAAACCAUAUUUUAUCCAAAAAAAAAUCUAAUUUAAAAUACCAAAAAUUUAAAAUAAACCGAAAAUUUAAUAAAAAAAUUAAUUUUUCUGUUCUAAAGUUUUAUUCAUUUUCAUUUCAAAAAUCCUUUUUUUUAUAUAUUGAUUUUUGCUUAAAAAUGCUCAAGACUUUGAAAAUUGUUUCUUGUGUUUUUAAGGUAAGACUGGAGGAAAUUUUAAUAGCUCAUGGAUAAGUCAAAACAAUUCUAGAACGUAAAAAAAAUUCCUUUCGAUUUUUAAGGGGACGCAUUUAAUUUACAUCGAAUUAAAAAAUGGUUUGGAAUAAGAAUUAUGAUCAGCACACUUGAAGGAUGGAUGGACCUAUGGAUACAUAUAUGUUGAUGAUAAUAAAUUCAAGUACGACAAAAGUAAUGUAAAAUAAAUUUGCAAGUUAGUUUUAAUGUAGAUUUUUGCUAUAAUGUUAAGCUCUGAUUUGAUUAAUUGACAAAUAAUGUGAAACAAAUGUUAGUUUUUGAAGCAAAUCUUGGAUUUUUUUGUCAGAUUUUUAAUUCAAACUUGAUUUUUCUUGCCACAAUUUUUUUUUUGGAAACUUGAGUUUAAAGGAUCUGAAUUCAGUUCAUAAGGCUUUAAGGAGUGUCUAAUUUAGUCACAAAAAAUUGAUCAAAUAAAUUUCUAUGGUUUGAGUAGGUUACUCGAUAAAUAAAAGAUAUUCAAGUCAAUAAAAUGUCUGGACAUUUGACAGUCCAUAAAAAAUUAAAUCUUUAGAUGCUCGACAAGCUCCGACGAAGGACCAAAUAAAAUCAAAAUUUUGUAAAAAUCUGACAAAAAAACUACCAAAAAAGAAUCAAUAAAGAAUAAUUCCAAUAAACAUAAUUUUUGAGAAUUUUUAUAAAAGCAUGUUGACCAAAACUAAAUGAAAUGUUUUAAUUAAAAUAAUAAAGGCUGAGUUCACUGAAAUAUUAAAAUUAUGAAGUUCAUAAGCAUUCAUUGAGAUUUUUAUUAGAUUUUUAUUCUUCUUGGGAGAUUAAAGAUAUUGAACUAAUGUCACUAGGAACUUAACUAGGAAUACCAUUAAUGCAAUAAAAACACCAAAAAGUUUACUAGAAAUACUGAUUUGAUUCAGACUAGCGCAAUUUCGAAAAAAACCGUUAUAAGAAAAAUUUGAAUGAAAAAACCAAUUCGCGAAAAUAUUUUCAAAAAUAUAAUGACAGUUAUUGUUUGAAAAAAUGAAAAACCGUUGUAUCAGAUCCAAUUUUUGGAAGUUUUCGAAACUAAUUUCGAACUUUUCGAAAUGAAGUUGCGCUAGCUUGACUUGUUUUAUCAAUUUUAAGGAUAGUUUAACGGAGUCAUUAAAGUCUGAUACGAACAAUUCAAGAGUUUCGAUUAAUAAUAAUAAGCAUAAUAUAGCUAAAUCUGUUUUUAAAACUAUCAAAAACUUACCCCUAGACUUUCGAUAAGUCUGUCGAACAUGAAUUGAACGUAUCAGAUUAAAGUUUAUAAAAACAGAAUGCUAUAGUCAAAAGCUGAUCAAUUCGAAUAAAAUUUUAAAUGAUUUUCUAAUAAGCAAUCAAAUCUCAAAUCAAAUAACUCCGAGUGGCAAUUUACUAGCUUCAAAAUAUAAAAGAUUAAGAUACUCAAUUUCAGUGAAAUCAGCCCUUGAGUUUUGCCCCAAAAAAAUAAUAAUACAAUAAACAGCAAAAAAAUAGUAAAACAUUUAUGCAUGCCAGUAACAAGAAAUGAUCUGUAAAAAGAGCCAAUCAUAAUCUCAAUAACAAUAACAACAAUUAUAAGAUCAUCAUUUAAACGUUGUUUAAUGAUUUCUCAGAACAAGAUUGAUACAAAUAUACAAAAAACAAAUGUAUGGAAAGAACCUCACAUCUGUUACUGUAACAAAAUUUAUAAUUUUGUUUUAGUUUUGUAUUUUUUUGUUUUCGUUAUUUUUAGUAAUUUUAUAUGUUCUAACUUAAACAGAGUGUGUUAAGAUGAAUCUAAUAUAGACAAGAACUUCAUUUUUUAUGUGACCAUAACCACACAAAAAGCAACAACAAUAAUUUCUGUGAAUUAACACUCACCUCAUUUCUCAUCUCUCCCCUUCAAUUCAUCAUUAAUUGAUUUAUUGACCUAAUUUAAUUAGAUCUCAGCAAAAAAGUGCAUCUGGCUUGUGACUUCAGCUGCCAUUUGAUUGCUGUGGAUAAACUUUCUUUAUCAUUUUUUUGUUUGCAUUAACACAAGUCAAUUUAAUUUAUGAUUAAUCAUGCUUCCUUAUUUGUUUCAUUAUGAAUUUGCUGAUCCUUUCCAUUUAAGUCGUCCUGUUGCUUCAGUCUCGAGUGCUGAUUAUGACGAUGAUGAUAAGUGAAUAAUUGUGAGAUCUUCUGAUCGAUUGCAGCACAAACACACUCUUUUGAUUAUUAUUAUAUAUAGAAAAUGAUGAUAAGUAGAUACCAAAGAUAUUCUUGGAGGUUUAAAUGAUUGAUGUGGUUGGAAGUGGUUAGAAUUAGACUAGAUGGGUUGAGGGUUUGGAAGAUCUUCAGUGACACAGAUGUUUAAUUAAUAGUUCUGAACUAUAAUGAUUAAGGUUCGAUUCCAAAGGAUGCUUAAUGGUCUCUCAUGAAUGAAACUUAAGAAGGUCUGUCGAUUAGUGACUUGACUAAACGAAAGAAACAAUUGUGUGACAAAGGGGAUGAAGUGGUUGGUAGGAUAGACUGACAGUUUAACAACUUUGCUUGAACAGAACUGUAAUACAUAUUGCAAUUUAUCCUUUUGGAGGUUAUAUAUAUGAAUGUCUUUCAUAUUCCUUGCACGGUACAAUAGAUUCUAUCAUCGAUCAGGAUCGCAGUGUCUACUGCUCGUGUAGUAACACAUCGCAUGGCUGGAACCCUCUCACAUUAUAAAAUCAAGAUAUGUUGACUAAGUUGGUGCUGAGAUCCUAGCUUAUUUGGUUGUCUUAACUGAGCAAUAUCUAGGAAUUGUAGAAGGUGGACAUGAUUUUAGAAAAAUUAAGCGAUUUAAAAAUUUAUUUAACGUCAUCAAUCAUUUAAUCAACUAGAAUAAAGAGAUAUUUUUUUUUGUAGUGACAAUUCACGCUGCCUCAACUUUUUAUGGUAGUUAAAAAAUAUUCAUAUUUCAAUUUUUUAGAAGAAAUAGUAAAUGAACACUCUAAUAAUAUUAAAAACUGAAAUCUCACUGGCCUAAGUGCAUUCCAUAAAUAAACUUUAAGCAAAAUAAAAGAUUUUUUUAUUUGUUAAUAAUUUUCUAUACACAAACAAAAACAUUAACACGAAAUUAAAAUAAAAGAUGCAGUGAGGAUGGUAAAAUUUGAAAAGGCUAAAAGAGAAUUAUUGGAAACUUUCAAAAAACCACUAAAUUAAUAUUAAGCUACAUGCAUCCUUAAACUUUAAAGUCAAAAAUAUUAAUAAAUUCAUAAAUAAACUUAAUAAAAAAAACCAAAAGAAAUGAAAUUUUUAAAAUUUCUUAAAAACAAAAAAACCUUUUUUUUACAAUUUUUAAAUGCCUUUUUCUAAAUGUGCUUUAAUUACAAACAAUAAAAGUAAUUUUCAUUAAUAAUUGUCUAUAAAUUGUCUUGUUAUCAAGUUGAAUAAAGUAGAAC